AUGUUUGUAAGUUGUCCUUGCACUGUAGAACCUACUGAUGGAUUUUUUAAGCAAGAAAGAACAAAGGCAGAUGGAAGUGAUGUCAUGACGGAAGAUGAACUGCUAGCGUUUCUUCGAGAUGAAGAAGACGGAGAGGAUAAGUGGAUACAAACGAGCAUUAGUGACGAAAAUCUGGAGAAAAUUUUGGAUCGCAGUGAUCUGAUUGUGAGUUCUUCAGAUGACGAAAACCAUAAGGCAAAGCCGACCCCUAUUCCUCUUAAAGGACUUGGUUGGGAAGUUGUUAUCCCAACAACAACUGGUGGAAUGCUGUCGACCCUCAACAGUUGA